AUGCACUUCAACGUAAACAAUCGCGAAAGGAAGAUUCUCUGCUUCUGUAUCUCCGUUUUUUUUUCUCUCCUACAUUCCUUUCUUUCUUUCUUUUCUUUGCUUUCUUUCUUUUCUUUCUUUCUUUCUUUCUUUUCUUUGCUUUCUUUCUUUCUUUUCUUUGCUUUCUUUCUUUCUUUCUUUCUUUGCUUUCUUUCUUUGCUUUCUUUCUUUCUUUCUUUUCUUUGCUUUCUUUCUUUCUUUCUUUCUUUGCUUUCUUUCUUUGCUUUCUUUCCUUUCUUUCUUUCUUUCUUUCCUUUCUUUGCUUUCUUUCCUUUCUUUCUUUCUUUCUUUCCUUUCUUUGCUUUCUUUCCUUUCUUUCUUUCCUUUCUUUCUUUCUUUGCUUUCUUUGCUUUCUUUCUUUCUUUGCUUUCUUUCUUUCCUUUCUUUCUUUCUUUCUUUCUUUUCUUUGCUUUCUUUCUUUCUUUCUUUUCUUUGCUUUCUUUCUUUCUUUCUUUCUUUGCUUUCUUUCUUUUCUUUCUUUCUUUCUUUCUUUUCUUUGCUUUCUUUCUUUCUUUGCUUUCUUUCUUUGCUUUCUUUCCUUUCUUUCUUUCUUUCUUUCCUUUCUUUCUUUCUUUCCUUUCUUUCUUUCUUUCCUUUCUUUGCUUUCUUUCCUUUCUUUGCUUUCUUUCCUUUCUUUCUUUCUUUCCUUUCUUUCUUUUUGCUUUCUUUGCUUUCUUUCUUUCUUUGCUUUCUUUCUUUGCUUUCUUUCUUUGCUUUCUUUCUUUGCUUUCUUUCUUUGCUUUCUUUCCUUUCUUUCUUUCCUUUUUUUCUUUCUUUCUUUGCUUUCUUUCCUUGCUUUCUUUCUUUGCUUUCUUUGCUUUCUUUCCUUUCUUUCUUUCCUUUCUUUCUUUCUUUCUUUGCUUUCUUUCCUUUUUUUCUUUCCUUUCUUUUUUUUUCUUUCUUUCUUUGCUUUCUUUUUUCUUUCUUUCUUUCUUUCUUUCUUUCUUUCUUUCUUUCUUUUCUUUCUUUCUUUUGCUUUCUUUCUUUCCUUUCUUUCCUUUCUUUCUUUUCUUUCUUUCUUUUCUUUUUCUUUUCUUUCUUUCUUUUUCUUUCUUUUCUUUGCUUUCUUUCUUUCUUUCUUUCUUUUCUUUCUUUCUUUCUUUCUUUCUUUUCUUUCCUUUCUUUCUUUCCUUUCUUUCUUUCCUUUCUUUCUUUCUUUCUUUGCUUUCUUUCCUUUUUUUCUUUCUUUCUUUGCUUUCUUUCCUUGCUUUCUUUCUUUGCUUUCUUUGCUUUCUUUCCUUUCUUUCUUUCCUUUCUUUCUUUCUUUCUUUGCUUUCUUUCCUUUUUUUCUUUCUUUCUUUGCUUUCUUUCCUUUCUUUCUUUGCUUUCUUUCUUUGCUUUCUUUCUUUGCUUUCUUUCUUUCUUUCUUUGCUUUCUUUCCUUUUUUCUUUCUUUCUUUGCUUUCUUUCCUUUUUUUCUUUCUUUCUUUGCUUUCUUUCUUUGCUUUCUUUCUUUGCUUUCUUUCUUUGCUUUCUUUCUUUGCUUUCUUUUCUUUCUUUCUUUCUUUGCUUUCUUUCCUUUCUUUCUUUGCUUUCUUUCUUGCUUUCUUUCCUUGUUUGUUUUCUUUCUUUCUUUCUUUCCUUGUUUGUUUUCUUUCUUUCUUUCUUUCCUUGUUUGUUUUCUUUCUUUCUUUCUUUCCUUGUUUGUUUUCUUUCUUUCUUUGCUUUCUUUUCCUUCUUUGCUUUUCUUUCUUUCCUUCUUUGCUUUUCUUUCUUUCCUUGCUCGUUUGCUUUUUUUGCUUUCUUUCCUUCUUUGCUUUCUUUUCUUUGCUUUCUUUCCUUCUUUCCUCUCUUUCUUUCCUCCCUUUCUUUCUUCGUUUGCUACCUUCCUUUCUUUCCUAGUUUCCUUCCUCCCUCUCUUCCUUUCUUUCCUUGUUUGCUUCUUCCCUUCUUUCCUUUUUUCUUUCCUCCCCUUUCCUUCCUUUCCUUAUUAUCUAUGUUUUCUUCUAAUAAGAAAAUAACUGCAAUAAAAGAACCUUUUCUCAAAGGAAACAAAAAUAAACUCACUUCAACGUGA